AUGGAGAAGUGGGAGGAGAGGCCGGAGUCCGGAGGGAGGAGCCUCUCUGAGCCCCAGAAUUCACCAGUCUCCAUCCCUGGCUCCCAGACCCUAGCCCUGAGCCAGGCGGGGCCAACAGAAUCUGUGCUGCCCCGACUCCCUGAGGGUCUGGCUGCUCUCACCAUCCCCAUCCGACUUGAUGCCCUGUCCUAUCUCCUCCACAGUGCUCUGCUUGGGGCCUAUAGCCUCCGGCCUGGCGCAGCCCUUUGUCCUUGCCACCCUAACCCUUGCUGUGCCCGGCCACCAGCCUUAGAUGAGCCAGUGGCCCAGGAUCCCCCCAGACAGCACUGGGCCAGAAGCCGCAGCCCAAGGGAGGCUCUUAGGCCGAGGGAGGUAGGGCCCAAGGGUGGUAGAGGGCUGGAACCCCCAGUGGGUACCACCAAGCAGAGCCUAUGGGUCCGUCCUUCACCCAUUCGACAUCCUAUCAAGGACCAGGGGAGUGAGUACCAGCGCCGAAGACCCCCUGCCUCUCUGCCAAGGCCCAAGGAGGAGCGAGAGAGCAAGCACUACCACCAGAGGAGUGAGACAGGGAAUACCCGAGAAUAUCAGCACCACAGGCCUCCCUCCCCUCCACCACAGCCCAAGGAGACCUAUGAGGGCAGGUACCACCAUAAAAGUGUCCCACCUAUCACCUCAAGCCCUCCUGCUGAGGACUGGGAGAGCGAGUACCAGGAAGCCCCCGGUCCCACCAUGCCAGGCCCUCAAGAUGCCUCUUCAGUCUGCUCUGAGAAUGUGGAUAACAGCUCGGAUGCUCAGGCCCCCCAACCCUAA